AUGAAUCUUCUUUCUUUCUGCUUGGAUGAGCGGCCCUCAGAACAUGGGUUACUUCCUCAGCGUGCCCCAGUGGAAAGGCUGGUGAAGGAGUUGUCUUCUCUGACUGAAAAAGUGACAUAUUCUCAAGAUCACCUGUUCCUGAAUUACAAGAAUAUUUUCUGUGCUAGCAUGAUGAAAAUAAACUUAGAGAUUGAAAGCAACAGAUUCAAGUUUUCCUCUUGAGACCUCUUCAUGGGAAACAUUAUGUUGCAUGGCAUGUCUGGUUUCUCGGACUUCUACAAACGUGGACGAUGGCUGGAGAAGAUUCUCGCUUGGCCGAAGCCCAAGGGAGGAUACGUUGGCAGACCUAGUAAAGAUUUUGAACACACCUCUGGAGCAGCAGACCAAAAGCAACUGCUGAGGAGAUUUAAGAGAAGGGGAAAGUUGUUUGCAGGAGCGGCUUUCUCAUCUCCCUGA